UGCUCCCGGCGGCUACGGCGAAGGAGUCCCUGGGCAUGCUGCUGCUGCGCCGACGCCUUCGCCAUCCGCACCGUCGUGGGCAAUGCCAAAUACAACGCCGAUGCCGCAUAUACGCGCGCGCGCCGGUCGCCGCCGCGGCCUCGGUGCGCCCGACCACGGAGGAGGGGGAGGAGCAGGCGCAGUGGCGAAGGAGCCGGCAGCGUAGACGGAGGGAGAGGAGUAGCGCGAGGGGCGCGGACGGAGGGGUCGCCGGGGACGUUUGGCGCGCCACCACACAACGGUCCCGGGCCGCCGCCGGGAGGCAGAGAGGCGACAAGUGCAGCGAGGAGGAGGCUAUGAAGUACGUCCAAUACUUUAACCUACAGCCAUCUAAUAUGCACAUUUAAUAAUAGAAGAAGAUGACCUCAUUUAUAUACUGGAAAAUGAAAAACAUAAAAAGUAUAAGAUGACCCAAUUACUCUUUUAUGUGCACCUUGUGUGCGUAGACAAUGGACUACAAUUGUAGCAACAAAGAGUAUAUUAAUUUAUCAGGUAAU